AUGACGUCUGCAUCCGCGAAGGUGGGGGAGAUCUUCUCUGCCGCUGGUGCAGCUUUCUCUAAACUGGGAGAACUCACCAUGCAACUGCACCCAGUGUCUGACUCUAGUCCUGCAGGGGCCAAAUGGACGGAGACAGAGAUAGAGAUGCUGCGUUUGGCCGUGAGACGCUUUGGAGACGAACUUAACAACAUCAGCAGCGUCAUCAAAGAGCGCACUGUUGCGCAGAUCAAGAGCACGGUGAAGAGGAAGCUCUACGAGGACAGUCGAGUUCCACUGUCGUCCGAUGCUCAGAAGAAACCCGUGAAGAAGACACCGACUCUGCCCUCCGCCCAACCUGCCCCUCCCUCUGCGCCCGCCCCCAUACAGGCCUCACUUGCACCGCCCCCAAUUAAGAAGCAGAAGACGGCAGACGUGACACUCAGCGCACUGAACGACUCCGAUGUGAAUUCUGAUCUUGUCGACAUCGAAGGAAUCGAUGCCAAGAAACUCGACUUCGACCAAGAAUCCUUGAACCUGGAUUCCAGCCUCAUCAUGAACUCCAGUGACCUCCCGCUGCUCUCCCGCUGA